AUGGAGCAAGAAGACUGGAACUCCACCUCGCACUUGCUCGACCUGCGCAGUUCUGCUCGAUAUGCUCUUGAUUCUAGCAGCCAGCCUCUGCAUCACAACAACAAUCUCGACACCGCUCGCGCCGCCCGUCCUGCUGCACAGUCUAUUGACACUCAGGCGCCCGCCCUUCAGAGACAAGUGCCUUCGGAUGCCUUCUCGCACCGCCCUCCCGUGUUUCGCCCGUCUACCACCGCACGCUUUCCCAACCAGCAAGUUCAAGCAGUUAGAAGUCGCAGCCGAAGUGAUGUUGGCGAAUUGCAGGUCGGGAUGUGUCGUGGCAGACCUGCUUCGCCGCGUGGCAGGAGCCGCAGUCCAACUGCAGCUACACGCCCUCUGAUCUACCGCAACCGCCAUCAGGAGGUCACUGCUUCACGUCAUCAAGCUACAGGCGCCCCUGAUCGCAAUGCUGGAGGCGAUGCUGUAGAUAUUCCUGUUGAGGACACCCGUCGUCCUCGUCUGGAACAGCUGGCGAGGAAGAAGAAUGACUAUGGGGUUUGCGUUACCUGCUGGCUCAAUGAGCUACCUUGUGAUCACCAAUGGCCUUGCCAUGAGUGUACAGCCAGCGGCAAGUCUUGCGCCUACAUCACCUGCCCUAUGGGUCACUAUCAACUCGAUCACAAAUGUCCCUGCCAUCACACAAAGAGAACCCCUCUGGAGAAGAUUUCGGCUCGCGAGGUCGGCUCAUCUAUGCAUCUGGUAGUCCUGCUCGAUCUUCGUCGCCUCUCAAUCGACUCAUACGAUAUGAGCGGGAUGCAGACGAAGCUACAGAGCUCAGACCGUGCACAACAGAUCUUCUUCCAGUUACAGCCAGAACUCCAGUCUGUUCUCCAGCAAGGAAACGAGCUCCAUCUGCAUCAAGUCAGAAAGCUGAUCCGCGAAUUGGACAAGGUCCCUCGCUCAGAGCUAUUAAAACUAUCAGAGCUAUUGAAACUAUCGGAGCUAUUAAAACUAUCUCGCGUCUCAUCGUCGAGUUGA